AUGCGUUUCUCCAGCAUCGUCGCCACUCUUGCUCUUACAGCGUCAGCUUCGGCGUGGAAGAUCCCUCAGGGUACUGAGGAUGGCGUCUACAAGGUCGACACCCUUGAGGAUGGCAGCACUGUCCACACCAAGAUCGUUGAUGCUGCUGACAUCGACCGCUCUCAGCCAGAGGUCCAAGGCAUCAGCCUUGUCCCCGAUGAGACUUCCUCACUCCAGAAGCGUGGCAACGACCAGGUCUGGUGUGGCUGCGGCUACAACAUGGUUUCUGGCGACUGCGAUGCUGCAGUAGCAGAUUUGAAGACUCAGCUACGCCCUUCCACUAUCAACCCCGGCCAGGCCUACUACUCAAUUCGCGGCAAGGUCGUUGCUUUUGCUUGCAACCGUGGUAACCGCAACUGGACGGUUUUCCCACAAAACCUUGGCGAUUCGCUCGCCGACAUCACCAACAAGUGCGGUUGGUACAUUGCUGGCGCUAAGCAAACCGGAAACGAUGACCAAGCGUUGCUUCUCGGAUACCAGCGCUGGAACGGCAAUGAUGAUUUCUGUGGUGGUGCUCGCAGCUCGUCUCAAAACCACUGUUAA